GUGAAAUAUUGGAAUUAAAGAGUACGGUAAACUCUAUGGUGGACCAAUUACGUAUGUUUGCAGCUGAAGUAACUCGUGUAGCUCGCGAAGUGGGUACUGAAGGCAAAUUGGGUGUCCAAGCCGAAGUCGAAGGUGUUGACGGUACCUGGAAAGAAAUCACGUCCAAUGUAAACACAAUGGCUGCUAAUCUUACAUCGCAAGUACGCGCAUUUGCCCAAAUCUCAGCUGCAGCAACUGACGGCGAUUUCACGCAAUUCAUUACUGUUGAUGCAUCAGGCGAAAUGGAUUCUCUAAAAACAAAGAUCAAUCAGAUGGUAUUAAAUCUGCGUGAUAGUAUUCAAAAGAACACAGCCGCUAGAGAAGCAGCUGAACUUGCAAACAGGAGUAAGAGUGAAUUCUUGGCCAACAUGUCUCAUGAGAUUCGUACGCCUAUGAACGGUAUUAUUGGUAUGACUACCCUGACUUUGGAAACUGAAUUGACUCGACAGCAACGUGAGAAUUUAAUGAUUGUAAGUUCCUUGGCCAACUCUCUGUUAACGAUUAUCGAUGAUAUCUUGGAUAUCUCUAAGAUUGAAGCUGGACGCAUGACAAUCGAACAAAUUACAUUUUCGCUUCGCCCAGCGGUCUUUAGCGUACUAAAAACACUGGCAGUAAAGGCAAAUCAAAAGAAAUUGGAUUUAAUAUACGAAGUAGAUAAUAACAUUCCAGAUCAAUUAAUUGGUGAUCCUCUUAGAAUGCGUCAAGUUAUCACAAACCUUAUUGGCAAUGCUAUCAAAUUUACAACCGAGGGCGUUGUUGUCCUUUCCGUCCAUACUAGGCAAAUCAAUAGGGAUCAAGUCACUUUGGAAUUUUGUGUUUCCGAUUCAGGCAUUGGUAUUCAAGAAGAUAAACUGGAUAUGAUAUUUGACACAUUCUGUCAAGCUGAUGGUUCAACAACCAGGAAAUAUGGUGGAACUGGACUGGGACUCUCAAUUUCAAAACGACUGGUAUCCCUCAUGGGAGGUGACUUGUGGGUGAAGAGUGUUUAUGAGCGUGGAUCACAAUUCUUCUUUACA